AUGGUGGCUCCCGAUUCCGAGGCUCCUUCGAAUCCUCGGAUAGCGGCUGCUACGCACGAGAGCCCUACCACCGCUGAGGCGCGCCACAGCGCGGAUCUUUAUAUACGUACCAGUUGGGUGGACGCAGCGUUAGCACUCUCCGAACUUGAAAAGGGCAACAUCGAGGGUGGUCGUACGUCCCUGUGGAUUCGAGCGUGGCUGCAGGAGCAGUUGUUCAUAUUAGGCUGCUUCCUUCAAGGCGACGCGGGGAAGGUCCUCUUCGUCGCCAUUCUCGUGCUCUCCACCUUUUGCGUCGGCCUCAAAUCUGCGCAGAUCCACUCGCGGGUCGACCAACUCUGGGUACAAGAGGGAGGAAGAUUAGAAGCCGAACUGAAAUACACGGCGAAGGCGCUGGGUGAGACAGACUCUUCAACCCACCAACUGAUCAUACAAACUGCGAAGGAUCCUGACGUCUCGCUACUGCACGUUGGUGCGCUGCUUGCGCACUUAAAGGUAGUCCAGGCGGCGACGCGGGUCACGAUUCAUAUGUACGACAUCGAGUGGCGAUUGAAGGACCUCUGCUACAGCCCGAGCAUUCCCGACUUCGAAGCCUACCACAUCGAGAAAAUAUUCGACAACAUCAUCCCCUGUGCUAUCAUCACACCACUCGACUGCUUCUGGGAAGGCUCCAAGUUAUUAGGACCCGAUUAUCCCAUUGUCGUCCCAGGUCUGCAACAUAAGUUGAGAUGGACACAUUUAAACCCCCAAGAAGUGUUGGAGGAAGUGAGAAAGCUGAAAUUCCAAUUUCCUUUAAGCACGAUGGAGGCUUACAUGAAGAGAGCCGGCAUUACGUCCGCCUACAUGAAAAAACCGUGCUUGGACCCCACCGACGCGCAUUGUCCAGACACGGCACCGAACAAGAAGACUGGACAUGUUCCAGAUGUAGCGGCGGAGCUAUCUCACGGUUGCUACGGGUUCGCAGCGGCGUACAUGCAUUGGCCGGAGCAAUUGAUAGUAGGUGGUGCCACGAGGAAUUCCACGAAUGCAUUGCGAAGCGCCAAGGCGUUGCAAAGCGUAGUGCAGCUGAUGGGCGAACGGGAGAUGUUCGAGUACUGGGCCGAUCAUUAUAAGGUGCACCAUAUCGGAUGGAGCCAAGAGAAGGCCGCUGCUGUUUUAGAUGCAUGGCAGAGAAAGUUUGCGGCUGAAGUAAGAAAAAUGAUGACUACGGAGUCAGUGUCGCCAGCGUACAGCUUUUAUCCUUUCUCCACUUCAACUCUCAACGAUAUUCUCGGCAAAUUCUCCGAACUCUCUUUGAAGAACAUUAUAUUAGGGUACAUGUUCAUGUUGAUUUAUGUUGCGGUAACUUUGAUUCAAUGGCGCGAUCCCAUACGCUCGCAGGCCGGAGUGGGCAUCGCCGGCGUAUUACUGCUGUCGAUUACUGUCGCUGCGGGGUUAGGUUUUUGUGCUUUAUUAGGUAUCCCAUUCAAUGCGUCCAGUACUCAGAUAGUACCAUUCUUAGCAUUAGGUCUAGGUGUACAGGAUAUGUUUCUUCUCACUCACACGUAUGUGGAGCAAGCGGGGGAUGUGCCUAGAGAAGAAAGAACUGGACUAGUACUGAAAAAGAGUGGACUGAGUGUUCUUUUGGCUUCGCUGUGUAAUGUUAUGGCUUUCUUAGCAGCGGCGUUACUACCUAUUCCAGCUUUAAGGGCAUUUUGUAUACAGGCUGCGAUUUUGCUCUUGUUCAAUCUUGGUUCAAUGCUUCUCGUUUUCCCGGCGAUGAUUUCGUUGGACCUUCGACGGCGGUCAGCCGCUAGGACCGAUCUUCUUUGCUGUUUGAUGCCUGAAACUCCAAUAACGAGGACUAAGAAAAUACCAGAACGCUCCAGUCGCAGUGGCAAGAACAAUAAGAGCAACUGGAAGGAUACAACACGACAACCUCUGGACCCUGAGGAGCUGGGAAACAAGACUAAAACCUGCUGCCUCAGCUUGUCACUUACGAAGUGGGCUAAGAAUCAAUAUGCACCUUUUAUCAUGCGACCAGCUGUAAAGGUUACAUCAAUACUCGCUCUUAUAGCAGUAAUAUUAGCAAGUGUAUGGGGAGCAACGAAAGUCAAAGAUGGUCUGGAUCUUACAGACAUAGUACCGGAAAACACGGACGAACACGAAUUUCUAUCACGCCAAGAGAAAUAUUUCGGCUUCUACAACAUGUACGCAGUAACUCAAGGCGAUUUUGAAUAUCCUACUAAUCAAAAGCUACUUUAUGAAUAUCACGACCAAUUCGUUCGGAUACCAAACAUAAUAAAAAAUGACAACGGUGGACUCACAAAAUUCUGGUUAAGUCUAUUUCGAGAUUGGUUACUAGAUUUGCAAGCGGCUUUUGACAAGGAAGUCGCUAGCGGUUGCAUAACUCAAGAGUACUGGUGCAAGAAUGCGAGCGAUGAAGGAAUAUUGGCAUAUAAGCUAAUGGUGCAAACCGGCCACGUGGAUAACCCGAUUGAGAAAUCACUUAUUAGUACUGACACUAAAAACGGCCACAGAUUAGUUGAUAAAGACGGAAUAAUCAAUCCAAAAGCUUUUUACAAUUACCUUUCUGCUUGGGCCACUAAUGAUGCCCUGGCUUACGGAGCUUCGCAGGCAAAUCUAAAGCCACAACCUAAGAGAUGGACGCAUUCCCCUGGGGAUGUUGAUCUGAAGAUACCAAAAUCAUCGCCGUUGAUUUAUACGCAGUUACCCUUUUAUUUAUCUGGACUUAGUGAUACAGACAGUAUAAAGAACUUGAUAAUGUCUGUGAGGGAGUUGUGUCUAAAAUUCGAAGCAAAAGGAUUGUCGAAUUUCCCGUCGGGAAUACCUUUUUUGUUUUGGGAGCAGUACCUUUACUUGAGGACGUCGUUGCUUCUGGCUCUGGCUUGUGCUUUAGCUGCAGUAUUUGUGGCUGUAAUGGUGCUUUUACUAAAUGCGUGGGCUGCGUUGCUGGUGACGCUAGCUCUUGCUACAUUAGUGCUCCAGUUGUUGGGAGUGAUGGCCAUCCUGGGAGUUAAACUGUCCGCCGUACCAGCCGUCUUGUUGGUACUAGCUAUCGGACGAGGAGUUCAUUUCACUGUACAUUUGUGUCUGGGUUUCGUUACAUCAAUUGGCUGCAGAAGGCGACGUGCUUCCUUGGCCCUAGAAUCCGUGCUAGCUCCAGUAGUCCAUGGUGCCAUAGCAGCAGCUCUAGCAGCGUCAAUGUUGGCAGCUAGUGAAUUUGGAUUCGUCGCAAGAUUGUUCCUGCGGCUGUUACUCGCAUUAGUCAUACUUGGACUUUUAGAUGGACUACUGUUCUUCCCCAUUGUUUUAUCAAUACUGGGGCCCGCUGCUGAGGUGCGACCGCUAGAACAUCCUGAACGAUUAUCAACACCAUCACCAAAAUGUUCACCUGUGCAUCCAAGAAAAUCAAGCUCCAGCGGCGACAAGACGAGCCGAGCGAAAUCAGCACCACGACCUUGUGCCCCCUCCCUCACUACUAUAACCGAAGAACCACCCAGCUGGCAUAGCUCCGCUCCUUCCGUCCAGUCUUCUAUGCAAUCUAUCGUUGUGCAACCGGAGGUUGUUGUUGAAACUACAACAUACAACGGCAGUGAUUCUGCUUCUGGUCGCUCUACUCCUACCUCAAAAACUACACACACUGGUGCUAUUACUACUAAGGUCACGGCUACGGCUAAUAUUAAAGUGGAAGUAGUAACACCGAGCGAUAGAAAGUCAAGACGCUCCUAUCACUACUAUGAUCGUCGCAGGGAUCGUGAAGACGAUCAUGACAGGGACCGCGAUCGGGAUAGAGAUCGCGAUCGAGACAGAGACCGAGAAAGGAAUAGGGACAGGGAAAGGUCAAGGGAACGGGACCGUAGGGAUCGGUUCAGAGACGAAAGAGAUCAUCGAGCUUCUCCAAGAGAAAAUGCGAGAGAUUCGGGCCACGAAAGUGAUUCCUCCAGGCAUUAA